UCCUCCAGGUGGGUUGCCUCCACAACACUGCACGCAGUUAGAAAUGCACUCAGAGAGUAGUGCACUGCUCCUGCCCAGAGGAGCCUCGAUCCACACCACAGACUCACAGAAGUGUGGUGGAGGAGGAUGAGGGAGGACUAGAGACAUGGCACAGCGCAUCUCCCGCACGCGACGCUGAACCUGAAACCCAAUGCAGCUGCUGGACUUUCUAAUGCUACGGAGAAACUCAAAAACUUUGAGGCUUCAAGGAUGUUCUUCUCAGAUGGGACUCUCUCAUCCGUCAGUUAUGCGCUCCUGUUGGGAAUAACGUGUGUGAGCGUCCUUUGCGAUCUCACCAAGGGCUCUUCAGACUUUUCAGGUUACCUGUCCAAAGUGUUGAGGAACUACACCGAGCAGGCCUGUGACGGCGACUUCCUGUCUGUUCGCUGCCCGCCCCGCACCACCAUCUCUGUCCAAUCCGCUUUCUACGGAAGGAGAGGCGCCUCUGACCUCCAACAGUGCCCUCAGACCUACCAGGCCCUCUUAAGUUCUUAUAACGCUCGCGAGGAUGAUCGAUAUUGUUCUGUGUCCACCGCACUACAGAAAAUGCUGGACGAGUGCCAAGACAGAAGGAGCUGUCAAGUCCUUGUCAACAGCCGCGUGUUUGGGACAGACCAGUGUCCUGGCAGCAGUAAAUACCUCAUUGUCUGGUACAAAUGCAGACCUAACGAGUAUAAGAGUAAGGUGGUCUGUGAGGAGGAGAGGAUGAGGCUGAGCUGCAAACGGGGUAUGCAGAUCGCCGUUUACUCCGCCAUGUUUGGCCGAACUCAACAGGGCACCCUGGAGUGUCCCCUUCACCACAGGAGGGCCCCGUCAGUAGACUGCCAUUCGUCUGUGGCUCUGCAGGUUCUCACUGCCCGCUGCCAGGGAAGGAAAAGCUGUCUGGUUCGAGCCUCCACCAGAGACUUUGGAGACCCGUGUUACUCUGGCACCAGGAAGUACCUCAGCGUCAUCUACACCUGUGUCCCAAAGAAGUUGCUACAGGAGCAGGGACCCAGACCACCGGUGUACUCCCCUUCACCCAGCGCCCAUGACCCCAACAUAGUGGGAGACAGCCCUCCGGAGGGGAGCUCAGUCAUAAGCCCCGACGCUGUUCCAGAGAGGAAGAAGGUUAGGGAGACUAACCCCGACGAGGAGAAGUUUUCAGAAGCCGGUGGAAGAGGAGGUGGAGGAGAAAGUCCACUGCGGCCCCGAAACAUGAAUCCCGUCAUCAACCAGUCCACCUCUAGCGGCAGCAUGGCCCUCAUCAGCAACGCACUGGCAGCCUACACUUAUAUUUCAGACCAUCCGGAGAGGGCAGCGCUGUUCUUCGUCUGCGGCGUGUGUUUGGGCCUCUUCCUCACACUCUUCGCCCUGGUGGUCCAGAUCUCCUGUCGCACCGACUGCCAGCCCCGCCAGCGGCCUUCUGUCAAGAAACGCGCACGCCCCGCCGACUCAUCCUCCGAUUCAAGUGACUCGGACUCAGACUGGGAAACCACCUCGGAUCUGUCGGCGCGGCGGCACCGGCGGUUCGAACGCACGCUUAACAUGAACGUGUUCACGUCGGCGGAGGAGCUGGAGAGAGCGCAGAGGCUGGAGGAGAGGGAGCGCAUCAUCCGAGAGAUCUGGAUGAACGGGCAACCUGACAUCCCCGGGACACGGAGCCUCAAUCGGUAUUACUGAGGACUGCUUAGCGGCUUUUGUUUUUAUAGAAGGCUUACUUGACUUGAACAACAUUUUAGGACGCACUUGGGUUGGAAGGGGGCAAGAGACAUGGCCCUCUUGAAGCUUUAUAAGCAGAAACUGUGGACUCACACUGAUGAGAACAGUGGAAGGUAUUUUAGAUUUUUGGGAAGAAAGUCCUCCCCCUCUGCUGGCUUGCAUACUCCUCUGGGUAUCAUAAGCUGUACCCCCAUUCAGUAAGAGAAUAAGCUCCCACUCUGCAUGUUAAGCUUGCCUCUUUCUGCCGGAAGCGAGGGGUGAAAGGCUACACUGCCUUGCCCGUGACCUCAGCAGGCCUUUUUGAAGUGGGGAUUUAUGGGUUAGCUGCCUUAGACACACAUAGGCCUGUAGAGACUACAUAGGGACUGAAGGACCAAGGCCUCAGAUGGGUCUGUUUUAUGCAGGUCAUCUGCAAAAGACUGUGACACUUAGAGCUUUAUGCUCAGCACCCUCCAGUAUUCAAGUGUGGACUUUACAGAGGGGCGGCAUAAAGCAGAAAGAAGUGUAACGAUGGGACAAUGUAAGACAAUCUUUCCACAGUGAAUAACCAUGCUGCCUUUAUAAAACCAAAAUAUAUUUUGGGGGGAAUUCAUCUCAACCCUCAUGAAAUCUAUUUUAUAAUAUUUAAUAGUUUAUUGAUGUUGUGUAUUUUUGUUCUCAAGUAUGGUUUAUUAUGAGAUAUUUUUAUACUUGGCGAAGGUUUGUCUGGCACCUCAGGGAUGCAAUCCUAGUGUUUCUGUGUUUGGUUGAUGUGUUUGCUUCCUAAGAAGGGGAUCAGCCCAUUUAAACAGCUAAUGUCAGCAUUUAAAGAAAAGAAUUAGAAAUAUCAUAUAAAGAGCCUCAAAGAGGUUUAGUGAUUCAACCUUAUUUUUGAUACAGUAUGUUUAAUUCACAGUGCAGUGCCUUUUCUAGCUAUUAAGUCACUGUUGUCAAGAGUGCAGCUGGUGUUUAACCCAAUAACUGGUUAAAUUGGAUAUUCCAAAUUUAUUGUAUUCCCCUUUUAUCAUUACUGUUGCUUUGCUGAAGUGGAGCAUGUGUAAAAGCUGUCUCUGUCAUACGUUGCACUUGCUGUUUUUCCCCCGGAUUUAAAUGUGCGGAACCAGAAUAUGCCAAUUUUGUACCGGUGAAUUUGCUAGAAAUUAUUUUUCUCGUCCUCACACAAAUUUCAGGUCAACCGUGCCCUUAUUUCAAAGAUACCAGUGCUGAACCAGAUGCUCGUGGUACUCUCUGCUCAUGGCCAUCUGGAGAAGGAACCAGCACUGAAAGAAGGUUCACAGUGGACGUGCAACCUGCGUCUCUUAAAUCAUGUUGCCAGUUUUAUAAAAUAAGCUAUUGUCAAUCCAGCUCUGUUUGCAUUGCCCUGGAUUCAAGCGUAGAAAUAAUUAUAGUUUUCAUUAAAAAAAAAAAAAAGCUUGGUAUUUUCCUGACUGAAAGUUUAAUUGAGAGUACACAGGACAUAUUAGGGUCAUCCACAUAAAGACUGCCACUCUAUAUAGUCUUUUUUAUAAAGACAGAUUUUGUGUUUAAAUUUGAAUGGUUAAAAUGUGCCGAUAGCUGGUAAAGUGAGACCAAAAUAUGACUCCUGUGCUUGGAAUAAACUGUGUUCAAAAUAACUUGCCCACUGUUUUGUUUAAUCGUGCACAUGUUCUUGUAUUAUAGUCCAGUCACGCACAAAAUGAGCUCUGUACCGUGGCUGCUCUAAUCUCAUUAAAAAAAUAUCAUACUGCAAAUAUAGAGCGUAAACUGUACAAUAAAGGGCAUCACAACUCACAAGAUGUGUGCUUGUGAUGACCUGUGGGCACUUCUAUCAGUGAUAUGUAUUGGUGUUGCGCGCCCCCUGCUGGUGAAGUUAGAGCUCUUCAGUUUGAGUGUAUGAAUACAAGUCACCUAUUUAAGUUAUUUAUAGAUAUGAAAAAUGCUUUUUCUGAUAGAACUACUUGAAUGGAUUGUAGCACGUUUUGCUACUCGCCGCAGAA